AUGUCUAUCCCUUGGAACGACGAUUCAGUCUUUGAGUCUUACAACAUCAUAGAAGAGACAUUCAAAACUGUCUCAUCUCAUGAUAUCAAAACAGCCAUUCUGAUCCCCAAGAACCUCAAGCCAGGUCACCACCCAAUCAUAUAUAACAUCCACGGUGGAUUUCUCGUCAUGGGAAGUGGUUUGUUCGCUCCUUUCUUCCCAAAAUGGGUUGACAAGCUUGCGCUCCAAAACUCUGCCAUCAUCGUCUCCCCCGACUACAGACUGUUACCUUCUGCAAAUGGUCUGGAUGAUGUGCUUGAGGAUGUCGAAGAUGGCUGGCAGUGGACAAAAAAUGAGUUGCCAGGUAUCUUGAAGGAGAAGGCCCCUGGUCAUUCUAUCGACCUUUCUCAUGUCCUCCUGGCUGGCGGAUCAGCUGGUGGAUACUGCUCUGUUCAGCUUGCCCUUUCUCAUCCCGCCGACUUUCACUCUCUUGCUGUCGUUUACCCUCUGUUGGACACCAAAGACAGACUUUACAUUCAAGGUGCACUCCCUGACGAGCCAACUGUGCUGCGCAUGCCGCUAGAAGAAAUCCCAUCAAUUGAAGAUACUCUAGCUUGGAUCGAAAAGAUGCGCAUAGAUCCCGAAUCAAGAGCUGGUUUAGAGAGAACUCCUUUCGCAGUCGCAGCCUGUCAGCGGGGUAUUUUCUCAUCUCACAUGCUGGACAACAAGGGUCUUGACAAGACAGAGUUCCAUCCUCUCGAACGAAUCGAAACUGGUGCGGAGUUGCCCAAGCAUAUAUGGAUCAUGCAUGGAGAUGAUGACUCGACAGUGCCUAUCCGCGGCUCUCAGAAGUUCAUUGAUCUCGUGGCUGAGAAACUACCAGAGACUGUUGUGCGGUAUGACCCUGUUGCUGGCGAGGAUCAUGGCUUUGAAUUUGAUGAGAAGAGAUGGGAGUCUUUUGCUGAUGAGGCACUUGCCUUUCUCACAGGCGGCAUACUCAGUAAAGCCAGCCAAUUCCAGUAA